CAGGCACCCAAGAAAGCCAAGAGGAGGCAGCAGCAGGGUGAGGGUGGAUCCUCCAACGUGUUCUCCAUGUUCGAGCAGAGCCAGAUUCAGGAGUACAAGGAGGCUUUCACAAUCAUCGACCAGAACAGAGAUGGCAUCAUCAGCAAGGACGACCUCAGGGACGUGCUGGCCACCAUGGGUCAGCUGAAUGUGAAGAAUGAGGAGCUGGAGGCCAUGGUGAAGGAGGCCAGCGGCCCCAUCAACUUCACCGUGUUCCUGACAAUGUUCGGCGAGAAGCUGAAGGGUGCUGAUCCUGAGGACGUCAUCCUGAGCGCUUUCAAGGUCCUGGACCCCGAGGCCACUGGCACCAUCAAGAAGGAAUUCCUCGAGGAGCUCUUGACCACCCAGUGCGACAGGUUCACCGCUGAGGAGAUGAAGAACCUCUGGGCUGCCUUCCCCCCUGAUGUGGCUGGCAACGUUGACUACAAGAACAUCUGCUACGUCAUCACACACGGAGAGGACAAGGAGGAAUAA